UCAGUCGGCUCACGGUCCCGCCCGGGGAGACGCUUAAAGGGCCGGCUUGCUCGGAGGUAGCGGGAUGUCCCCGCGCUGACCGCCCCGGGCCCGUACCCACCCGCUUAGAGGUGCCCGGCCAGACCCCGCGCCACCAUGUAAACGGCGCCUGCAGGCGGACGCAGGCUUCUCUGCCCGGGACCCCUCUGCCCUGCCCCGGGUCCCAGGGCCCUCGAUGAGGACACACCAUGCUGACCGGCGUGACCGAUGGGAUCUUUUGCUGCCUGCUGGGCGCACCACCCAGUGCAGUAGGGCCACUGGAGAGCGUGGAGUCCAGCGAUGGCUACACAUUUGUGGAGGUCAAACCUGGCCGCGUGCUGCGGGUAAAGCAUGCGGGGCCCGCUCCGGCCCCGACUCCACCUCCACCAUUGUCGGACGCCGCCCAGGGGGACCAGUCCGGCUUGGUCCGUUGCCAGCGCAGAAUCACCGUGUACCGCAAUGGGCGGUUACUGGUGGAGAACCUGGGCCGGGCACCACGAGCUGACCUCCUGCACGGGCAGAAUGGCUCCGGGGAGCCACCAGCCGCCCUUGAGGUCGAGCUGGCGGACCCAGCGGGCAGCGAUGGCCGCUCGGUCCCAGGCAGUGCUGGGAGCGGCAGUGGUGGGCGGCGGCGGCGAGCCCGCCGCCCCAAGCGGACCAUCCACAUUGACUGUGAGAAGCGCAUCACCAGCUGCAAGGGCGCCCAGGCUGACGUGGUGCUCUUUUUCAUUCACGGGGUCGGCGGCUCCCUAGCCAUCUGGAAGGAGCAGCUGGACUUCUUCGUGCGCCUGGGUUACGAGGUGGUGGCGCCCGACCUGGCCGGCCACGGGGCCAGUUCAGCGCCCCAAGUGGCCGCCGCCUACACCUUCUAUGCGCUGGCGGAGGACAUGCGUGCCAUCUUCAAGCGCUAUGCCAAGAAGCGCAACGUGCUCAUUGGGCAUUCCUAUGGAGUCUCCUUCUGCACGUUCCUGGCACACGAGUACCCAGACCUGGUGCACAAGGUGAUCAUGAUCAACGGCGGCGGGCCCACGGCCCUGGAGCCCAGCUUCUGCUCCAUCUUCAACAUGCCCACGUGCGUCCUGCACUGUUUGUCUCCCUGUCUGGCGUGGAGUUUCCUCAAGGCCGGCUUCGCCCGCCAAGGGGCCAAAGAAAAGCAGCUGCUGAAGGAGGGCAAUGCAUUCAAUGUGUCUUCCUUUGUGCUUCGGGCCAUGAUGAGCGGCCAGUACUGGCCCGAGGGCGACGAGGUCUACCACGCUGAGCUCACCGUGCCGGUUUUGCUCGUUCACGGCAUGCACGACAAGUUUGUGCCAGUGGAGGAAGACCAGCGCAUGGCUGAGAUCCUGCUCCUGGCCUUCCUGAAGCUCAUCGAUGAAGGCAGUCACAUGGUGAUGCUGGAGUGUCCGGAGACCGUCAACACGCUGCUCCACGAAUUCCUGCUCUGGGAGCCCGAGCCUUCGCCCAAGGCCCUGCCCGAGCCCCUGCCUGCGCCCCCAGAGGAAAAGAAGUAGCCACUGAGCUGGACGGGUAUCGCUUAGUGAGCCGAAGAGCGGGAGGAAGAGUCCCGAACCGGCUAGGGGUCUGCAGUGCGGACCAGGUGGGCGGGCCAUUCGCUCCGGUGGGCGGGGUCAGGUCAGGGAGACGCCCCCUGGCCGGCUGGGCGGAAGACGCGGCAUUCGUGGGAGCCAAGUGGACACACCGCUCUCUCUAGUCCUGUGGGGCCCAUCACUGUUUCAGGGCCGUGGCAGCGACCCCCGCGGAGGGUGACCUUGUACAGAAGCCCCAUCCCCCACAAUGCCAGGGCCGAGGCAGGCCGCCACCCCGCUGUCUUCCGUGUCCGCGUGCUUGAUUCUAGGACCCACGAGCCCCGCGGGGACUCUCGGGACCCCCGCCACCAUGCCCGAGACCCCUGACCCCCCAUUCCUUGGCGCUGGGAGCUAUUGUUGCCCAAGUGGGGAGGGCUUGGGAGGGGGCUGGAGCCACCGAACCUGCACAUCUCUUAUUGUAACUCAAUAAAAAGAAGUGACAAUCUGA